AGUUUCACGCAGCUGGAGCGGCUCGCGGCGGCUGGCGGCGGCACGCGCUUCUGUCAGCGGAAUACAAACGGUCGGACAGCGGUGUGUGUGUGUCCGUGUGUGUGUGUGUGUGUGUGUUUUUUAGAGGUUGUUUGUGUGUUUUCUCUCGCCUGGUGACCAUGGGAACGCAAAGUGACAAACGGGCUCCGGUAAAAUCGGUUCAGUGACAGCUGUGUGCUGUUACCUGACUGACAGACAGACCGGUGAAACGUGACGGACAGGUAAACCGUUAAAAAACCGUUUGUUUGUUUUUUUUUUAAAAUUCAAAUGGCCCGGGGGAUAACGACAACAGACAAUAUGCUGUGAAGUGUUUAUUUCGGACGUGUGCUCUAAAGUAUGGGGCCGUUAUAGCCGGUAAAAGCGGAGAGAGAGACCGGAGGUUUGUGUCUGGUUUUGUCUGCGCUCCGUCCCCUCCGGUGGACACAGCUUGAAGAGACUGGAGACACGGACGGAGACGGGGCUGUUUUUGUGUCGACAUGGCAGCGGCUAUCGCCAGCGGUUUGAUCCGGCAGAAGCGACAGGCGAGAGAGCAACACGCCCACCGACCGACCACUCACCGGCGGCGGAAGAGCCCCGGUAAGAAGCAGGGGCUGUGCAACGGGAACCUGGUCGACAUCUUCUCCAAAGUCCGGAUAUUUGGCCUGAAGAAGAGGAGGCUACGGCGGCAAGAACCACAGCUGAAGGGCAUAGUGACCAGGUUGUUCUGCAGACAGGGCUUCUAUCUCCAGAUGGGCCAGGAUGGAAGUAUGGACGGGACCAAAGACGACAGCACCAACUCCUCUCUGUUUAACUUAAUUCCUGUGGGUCUGAGAGUCGUGGCCAUCCAAUCAGUCAAGACUGGCCUCUACAUCGCCAUGAACGGAGAGGGUCACCUCUACUCAUCGGAACUGUUUACAGCCGAGUGUAAGUUUAAGGAGUCGGUGUUCGAGAACUACUAUGUGAUCUACAGCUCUAUGCUCUACAGACAGAAGGAGUCGGGCCGGGCCUGGUUUCUAGGACUCAAUAAAGAGGGACAGGCCAUGAAGGGCAACAGGGUCAAAAAGACCAAACCAGCUGCACACUUCCUGCCUAAACCUAUAGAAGGUGAAACGCUGCGCUGCUGCACACAAGUGAAGCCACUCAGACGUGUUUGAUGUCGUCCCGCUGCGCUGUACAGAGGAUACACUCCGCCACUGAAGAGACUGUGAAAGUACUACACACAGCUCGCAGUGUUUCUAAUUGGCAUUCCUCAGAUUUCUGCUCCUCACAUACACCACACACACACACACACACACACACACACACACUUUCUCUCCUCUGAUCUCAUUAGCUGCCUCAUCUUCAAAUAUGUGCGGGCCGGGCCGACUCAACAUUCCCCCGAACUUAUCUAGUCUAAUGUGCCCAUUUCAGACUAUCGAUCAGAAGCGAAAUGUAAUUAAGACGUGUGUGAAAAAGACGACAGAUUCAAGCGAGAUGAGAGUUUUCAUUUUGUGUGUCACCAAACUGUAAUCUCGAUGCUGAAAAAGUGAAAAUGUAUUGCUGCUACUGGACCAUCAGAAAGUGUUUGUUUUUUUUUUCCUUUCUUUUUAUGGGUAGUACUGUAGAUUCUUGCUAUGUGAGUGCCUCUCAUCCCCAGCCAAGCUCAAGAUGUGAGAUCCAAAGGCGGGCGGCUGCAGAUUUAUGCUAAACGCUCAGCCUUCCUGGAUAUCCAGCAGGGUGUAACCAAGAAUAUCCAAACUCUCAAAGUCGCCUGACUUUCAGCUCUGUCCUGUGUAACAUUACUUGAAGAGCAAAGAAGUGGAGGGCGAUGGUGACGAUGAGGAGGAAGUCUUUCCACCGGUGUUGUGCUUGUCUCACGUCAAAAAAAAAAAAAAAAAAAAAUGUGGGUGUAACAUUUAUUGAUUACUUGUUGUGUCACUAGCAAAACGGGAAAAAAAAGAAAACAACAAAAA